AUGGAUGACGGUGGCUCGCCCAUCACACAAUAUGUCAUUCGGUUUUGGCCAGUUGAUGUCGGUACACCAGAGGAGGUUGGGCGAACGGCAGACUUGGAAGCGUUUGUUACUCAGAUAUCACAGCCAUCAUCGGGAGAAUUUUCUGUAGGAGCCAUGGAUGCCAGUGCACAGACUUGGUGGUCUGGCCGAACUGAGGUAAUCAGCGUUCAGGAGCCGCUCACACAACCGAGAAUAUUUCAACCCGCGGAUGCUCUAAACCCGGAUGAUGAAGGGCUUGGUGGUCUAAUCGACAAAACUUUGGAGGUUAGUUUCUUCCCUGUCAAAUUUAUAGCCGUAUAUAUCUAUGCGAAAGUCACGGCAUUCUGUUGGGGACGUGACAACUAG